CUGGUUCCGCUCACCUGACAAUCAGGGGGUGUUGAACUUUCACCUCCAUAGUGACACAUUGACAUAAACUGCCUGUCCGCAAGUCAAGUUGCGCUAAAUUCCACACGACAUGUUUUAAGAUGCAUCGUCUUGUCCGCCCGAAUAGUGAAGGCUUACUGAACCGGUUUAAAAUAGGAUGUCAACAAGUGACGCAGGAGAGCUGGAGCUCAGAGUUGGAGGAGGAGAGACAGCAACGCCUCUGUACAGGACAACACGAGCAACCAAGCCAAGCAACGCAUACUACAACUGCGAGAAAACAGCAGAAUGAAAAGAUCAGUGAAAGGUUCAAGCAGGAGAAUCAUUAUGAUGAUGAUCAUUAUGAAGAAACUCCAUCUGGAAAGCAGUGUCACCCAUCAGCCAUCAGACAGGAAGAAACACACAAAGCACUAAUAUUAAGGACAGACAGACGAAGAAAAGAAGAGGCUGCUCAUUGUGUUGAGUCAAAGGUCCAGAACCAGAAGCCCACUGGACCCAGAAUCACCUCCUGCCUUCUCUUCAGACUCUCCAGAAAUCUAGGCCUUGACAAGCCAGAGCCAAGACUCGAGAAGAAUUUAGACCCCUGUUUGCACAGUUUAACUGAAACACAGCAGGUUGAGACUGGGAACAGCAGCUGCCAGGUUAGUGGACAAACGUCCCCACCACACACCUCUAUAAAGAAAGCCAGUGACUCUACAUUAUCUGAAAGGAUACCAUUCCCAGCCAAGAAGAAAGAAGAGGUUAUCUCAGUUGUUUGCAAUGAACCAGAGAUUACCAGGGACUUGAGUAUAACUCAUAGUUUCUCAAAUGGGGAGUUUGGAUCACAUGAGUUUAAUGGCUUGUACAUAUUUCCAUGUGGGCCACAACCAGCGAGUGAUACCAGAUCAGUUGUGUUAGAAGAAGAUAUAAAAGACCAUACAGGGCUUGAGAAACAUACUGAUCUUGUGGAACUGUCCAACCCUACUAGAGCCAUGUUGUCUUCCACUGUGGUAUCAGUUCUUGCUCCUCACUGGAAUGGCCGGCUAAGACGGACCAAAAGACCUGAGGUAACGGGCAAUUUUGAAGCCCAGGCGAGUUUACAAGAUGUGACAAACACUGCGGCAAACCGUGGCCAUGAACGCUUUCAGGAGACUAUAGACAGGUCAUUGACAGAUGGAUCGCAAGCCCAAUUCAGGAUGCCAUUUCUGGGUACCAGGAGGAAUACAGUGGGCUGGUCAACAAAGAGUGGACCUGCAAGCUUGGACUAUGAAUCUAAGAGGAAAAUAAUUCAGGCUGUCUCUUUGGAUGUAGACUCUGGAAGGAUGGACAACAAAGAAAUGUAUGCAGGCGCUGUACGCCCUGUACCCACAGCUGUGUCUCCCCUCUCACUUGAACGAAAUGAACAAAGGAGGAAUCCACACACUGGUCAUCAAGGAGGAUUGUCAUCUUUAAGCUCGAAACCAACAACCAGCAGGAUGCUUCUGUCUUUAAGAAGAUGUCACUCAAAUGGCAGGAACACUAAUGCUGCCUCCCCCAUCCCCGAGAUAAAUCCUUUGCCUGUAAGCAGUUCGCCUUGUGAUCAAGAUGGACAAUUAUUCACAACACACCUUUCUCAAACCUUUCUCAACAAUAAUAGACAAGAGAGGUCAAAGCCUCCACGCUCUCCAUCGUCCAUUUCUUGUAGGACAACUGAAACUGGGCCGAUAAUUUCCCCAUCAUCCUCCAACCAAACAGAAAGGAACACAUUUGAAACACGCUUCUUUUCAGCUUCACCCACGGGCAAAGACACAGAAGACACACCCUUUUCCCAACAAGCUCAAACAAUGACUAGGACCCAGCCCAGUCUGUCAUGUUUCAAACACACAUUUCCAAUUAGAGAGCCAACAGAGAGGCAAGAAAACUGCAAGUGUUCAGACCAAAGUACAAAUGUAUUUUUGGAGGGCUCUGCCUCUUCACCAAGACAUUUCCCAUAUGAACGGUCUUCCCUCCUAAAUAUCCAUUCCCUCCCUAGAAAGAGCACCCUGACAGGCACUUCCUGGUGGAAACAAGUUACCCAGGAAGGUACUUCCACUCUAACCCUCAAUGAUACAAGGAACAUCAAAGAAAAAUCAAACACACCCUUAGUUCCACCCUGGAAUGAUAAUAGAGACUUGGCCUCUCCAAGUCCAACUGACAACAGGAGAUUUAGUAGUCAAAUCCCCAAUAACCGAGACAACAAUAACACAACAGAGUCAGUUUGCAAAGGUAACAUGAACCUUCUUGUGAAAAAACAGGGAGGAACCGACAACGUCAAACAAAGAAUAGCUGAGGAUUCACCUGACCACGGAUCAGACAGGCUUGUCAAACAGCAAUAUGGCUUCAAUUUGAACAACAGAGAACCACAAAAGCCUUAUAGUUUGCCUGAUGUUUUUUCUAGUUCUAAAAUUAGCAGAGCUACAGAGCAAACAAUGCUGAGUCAUCCUCCUAAAGACCUCAGCAGGCAUGAUGUAAAUACUAGUUCAUUUACAGCAAACGUAACUGAAUUACCACCUACUUUGCCAAAUCCCAAGAGCUCAAAUACACCCACUGAGAGCAGCAGCAAGUACAAUAAUAAUCAUUGCACAUCCAAAACCAACAGCACCCCCGCAUCUUCACACAACAAGGACUCUCAAAAGUUUCCCAAACCACCUCUUUCUCUUGCUACCACCAACACUCUCAAUAGUCACAGUCUUACCUCUAAAACUAUCUCUGGUCGACCCCUAACCCCAAACACUAAAACUACUUCCUCCAUCCACUCUCAUCCAGUUGCUUCACAGACCGAUAUUUGUGCUUCACCAUACAUUGGCCAUGCCACACCUCUUGGCUUUGAAAGAAGCUUUGCUUCUGUUCACAAGCCUUUCCACCCUAAAACUGUAUCUAGUCUGAGUCCCACAGUCAAUGUUUUCUCUAAAACAAACUACAGUCCAGUAUCCACUGCUUCCACCAGCUAUUCUUUUGCCACUGGCAGCCAUCCUGUAGCCAUAACUGCUCCCAGCACAUCCCUCCUUACUCCUGCUGUAACUCCUGCUAUUGCAUCUUCUCCCACCACUAUCACCUCUCUCUUAGCCCCACCUACCACCCCUAACAUUAUUAGCUCCAACGACUCAGUCACUUCCAGUCUUAAGGAGGGAAGGACAUUCUCAAACAGCCCAGAAAGUGACCCAAACAAACUGCACCGUGUAGAGGGAAAGAGAGUGAGACGAGUAACAUGGGAGGACUCAGUGGAUCUGAAGCAUUCUGAGCCUGUGACAGUUGAGAAGGCAGAGCCAUUUCAAGUCCCAACGAGCUCCAGCUCCCCGCAAAGCUGCAAAGUUCCAUCCAUCUUUUCCUUUCACAAAUCAAGCAGUCCAACCACAAACGCAUCUCAUCUUUGCUCUCCUUGCCCAAAAACAACCAGCAUACAGGUGGUGAAAGGAGGGAAGUAUCGAUCCUUGUCAUCUGACUCUGCUGAUUUAUUGUCCAGAGACCAAGAGAGGUCUAAGCAAAGACCCACUGACACUAUGAUCCUUGACCAGGGAAGAAGGGACGUAACCACACCCAGACAGGAGAGGACACUCUCGGUGGAGUCUGGCUCACUUCAGUGCCGUUCUUCUGCUCCUCUCUCCCUCCCUGCUGACUUUUCAAGUGGCUAUAAGCUUCGCUAUAGCUCCCCACCUUACUCUACUCUCAUGUCUACCAGGUCAACACAGGGAGAAACUAAGACUAUAUUACCCAGAUCACCCCUCUUCCAACAGUCUCAGUCAAAUUAUACCCCACAUCUUUCUAUGUGUACUGAUUCAGUUGCAGCCAUGACCUUGCCCACAUCCAAACCCCCUCUGUCCCCGAUCAGCCUACCCCAAUCCCUACCUUUGCCUUUCCAAGUCAAAACCACCACCCAUGGACGUGCAAAAGGUGGGGUUUCAGAAACUGAUCAAGUCAACAAUAAUCACAGCAAGAGCAACAGCCAAGAUUACCAGAAUGGUCAGAUAUUACUUAUCGACAACAGACUUCAUGAGGCACAUAGUUCCUCCUCAACAUGUGUAACUGAGACUCUAGUUUACAGUGUUAAAUCUAAAGUAGAUACAGCUACAACUGCCCCAAUGAAGACCACGCCUAAACCUUUGCAACAUACCGAAAACACACAGGCUUCUAUGGAGACCACGUUAAGUCAACAGUCACACAGAAUGCAAAGUAAGGAAGCUGCAAGAGAACCACAUAGUCAUUCAGAUCAGAGCUCCAGUGGAAGCAGUUCAAGCUCUAACGGAAGAGUGAAAGAGAAUGCACUGGGUAAAAGCAGAUUUUUUCCAGUGGAGAGCAACAAUGAACAAAGUCCAAAGAGAAGCCGGUUUGCACUGAAGAAAAGUGUCAGCACACCAAACUCCAGUUUGUCAAUAUCACAGUCCGAAAAGGCCAGCAAGACCAAAAUUGACCAGGUCUUUAACAGACUGAGACAAACAUUCAGCACCAGACGGUCUGAUGAUGAUAUGUUGUUUCCAUGGAAAUGGAAGCGAGCCUCUCAAACACCUCCUGUUAGUGGAUCAAGUGAUGUCACUGAUAUCACUGUUGAGAAUACCCAAAAGCUAGUGCAGCAAGAGCAGGAUGAAGGGAUGUUGCUUAAGGACAAUGAGAAGGGAACAGAUGCUACCAAUAGAUGGACAACAAAAAACAGAUACACUGUCAUACCACCCUCAGUUGCUGGGAGUACAAUGGCAGGAGAUGAGCUUUACAUUUGGUCAGACAAAUCAACUCCGGAAACUAACCGAGAGGAGCAAACUGCUUGUGCAGAACACAUGGAAAGUCAAAACCAACCUCGUUUGACAAUAACCAGCCCAACAACGCACCAAUUAGACUUUUACAAAGAUAACGGGACAGAUUAUAAAGCAAUAAACCAGUUCCUCUAUUGUAGAGAUCCCAGUCCUUGUAGGAGCCCUAACCCCUCUGCUGACUAUCCCACUCAGUUCAGGAAGUCCACAUCCAGUCCCAGGAGCCCCUUCUCCCCCUUCUUCUCUCUUUCCCCUGUCUCCCCUGUCUCCCAAUUUUCCUCAAUGGAUGUUACAGACGACAGUGUCUUCUACAGCCCAAAGCUACAGCGUCAUAGAGAAUCCCCCUCACCAUGUGAGCCGGGAGAGGGAAUCCGCCUGGGGCGUUCAAGAAGAAGCCGGGCAUCCACUGGUCCUCCAAGUGCAGGUCCAGGACAGGACAAGGAACGCUUGGCAUCCUCCUAUGCAGACUUAAAGUAUGGCAUUGAGCCUGGGAGGUCGUUUUCUGUGAGUUCGGUACUGUCCAGUCGUCCUUCAGGGCCUGGGCGCAUCUCCACUGGAUCCAGGUUCAUGAGUGUGGGUGACCUCUCUGACUCUGCAUUAACAUGUGGAGACACUGGCAAGGACUUGGAUCAGUGGUCUAUUACUCCUGAUUGGACCACAGAAUAUGAUUGCCAGCCCAGUAAGGACUGUCGACUGUCAUAUUUCACCAGCGACCCUGGUAAAAUGAGAUCCAAAUCUCUUCCUCGAUCACUGACGAGGCGCUUAGCGAAUUGGAGCUCAGAAGACUUUCCUUCUCCACCUGUAACAACUACAACCUCAAAGUCAGCCCACCUUUGGAGCCCUAACAUGAACACUUGUCAGAUCGCAUGGGAUAAAGAAGCUCCUCAAACCCCUCCUCCAACCUCUCCCCUGUCACCAGUGUCCAGACGCAUGUCAAAACCUCCCAGCCUUUCCUCCCCCACCUCCCCCAGUUCAUCAGGAGCAUCACAGCAAGUGGACAACCUGUCCCCCAGAGGGCUGUUGCCCUCCAAAGGUUAUGUAUCCAGCCUUAGUACCUUUGAUGAGUCUUCAGACAGCAGCUCAGACACAACAACAGAUGAUGAAUAUUACUUAGAAACAGGUGAAGGCAAAGAAAAAGAGACAGAAUUGUGAAGGCAGAACAAUUGCUUUAGAUCCUCCUUUCUGUGAAGUCUCUUGAACUUCAUUAUGUACAAGAAGAAAGAUGGGCUAACAUAUAUCAUAUUCUGUAAAGGGACCUACUCUGCUUGUCCCCUGUUUUUUGCCUGCAUGUAUUGCUUUUCAAAAGUGGUGGUUGUCAAAAAGACAUUAAAUGAGCAAGCAUGAUAUUGUCAGUAAAGUGUUAAAGAUAAUAAUGUAUGUAUGUACAGUAUACUGUGUAUAACUGCAGAACUGCAAUCUGCAGUGCUUAACAUUUAUAGUUUUGACGGUUGCAUGGCAUCAGUGAGGGAUGUACAUCUGUGUAGUUGAUUUAAUGAUCAAACUACUGUGUAAAGGUAGAAUUUUUACACAACACUUAUCUUUAGGUUUGCAUUUUAUCCUGCUAGUUAAUAAGUGCAGAAGUAAUGUUGAUAAAUGUGCUAUCAUGUAAUAUUGCAUUGCCUGUUUUCUUCUAUGAUUGAAGAUUGAAAUGAAUUGUGGUAAAUGUUGUAAGCAUAAUGCAAAUUUAUUUUCUUAGUGUUGCUUUGAAAAAAUGUUGUUGAAAAACUUUUUUUUUUUUUAUUCUGAGGUAAUAUUAUACAGUAUGUUACAAUUCAAUAUUUAAUGUCAAACAUUAUAAAGUGCUUUAUACAGUGCUUGCUCUUAUUUGCACAGUGGCAAUCUAAAGUCUUAAUAUAUCUAUUUUAUAAAUAAAUGUAAUAUUUCCAGCAA